GAAUUGAGAUCAGACGCCGCGGCUGCGGAAAUACGGUGGAGAAAAGUGAGCUCUGCGGAAAUUUCAUAUUAAUUGGUUGAUCUCUGUUUGCCUAUAAUAUUUGCUUGUAACAAUAAAUUUCAUAUUAAUUGGUUGAUUUUUGUUUCAGAUUUUUAUAACUGGAAUAUUGUUGAGAUCCGGUACUGUGACGGUGCAUCAUUUAUGGCAGAUGUUGAAGCCGUCAAUCUGGAAACAAAUCUCCAUCUAAGAGGCCGGAGAAUCUUCACCUCUGUAAUUGAAGAGCUCAUGAGUACUCAAGGAAUGAGUAAUGCUGAAAAUGCUUUACUCAUAGGAAACUCGGCAGGUGGGUUGGCGACGAUCCUAAAUUGUGAUCGUUUCCAUUCUUUCCUACCCGGUGCCUGUCGUGUAAAAUGCAUUUCAGAUUCUGGCUUCUUUAUUCGAGCGGAACAUCUCCGUGGAGCUCAGGACAAUGCCAUAGCCAACUUUCGCAAAGUAGUUUUAUUUCAUGAAUUAGCCCAAUUUCUACCGGAGUCAUGCACACAAAGACUUGCUCCAGAAUUGUGUUUUUUCCCGGAAAAUGUGGUCAAUGAUAUCCGGACGCCAUUGUUUUUGCUAAACUCAGAUUUUGACAAAUAUCAAAUAUUCAAUUACGUAGCACCAAAUUCACCUAACGAAGUGGGUUGGAAGAAUUGCACUACAGAAUUAGCAAGCUUUCAAGUUGCACAGAAAAUCAACAACAUAUCAUAAUGGAUUUUCAGACCACGUUUCUGGAAACAUUGGAGAAACUAGAUGAUAAUCCAUCAAGAGGAUUAUUCAUCACAUCGUGCUAUGCCCAUGAUUUUAUUGACAAUCCAUUCAAU